AUGAUGAUCAUUGCUCAGUCUACACCUACUCUGCUGCUAGUUGUGGCCGCAGCAUCAAGUGGUUGCUCAAAAGCUGCCAAUUUGCGCCAGCGCAACCUUAGCGGUUACACCGACGUCAACACGUACACAGCCUACGAAGAAUAUGCAUCUGCCAUGCUGAUGGCUGUAAACAAGCAGCGCGCCACCAAGGGACUGUCGCCUCUGUGCUUGAACAAGAAGCUGCACAACGCUGCCAUGGGCCACUCACUCGACAUGGCCGCACAUGACUAUAUGGACCACGAAGGCUCCGAUGGCUCGAGAUUAUCGCAACGCAUCACGCAGGCUGGCUACGACUGGGAAGCAGUGGCGGAAAAUGUGGCGGCCGGCCAAGUGGACGUCGACGAAGUGAUGGAGGGCUGGAUCAAAUCUCCGGGUCACCUGGAAAACAUCAUGGGCGAUUACACGAUGUUCGGGUCCGCAUACGCGUUCAACAAAGAUGGAACAUACCAGCACUACUGGACGCAGAACUUCGGUUCAGGCGACGCCGAGGAGUGUGAUGGUUCUCCCACAAGCAGCUUGACCCCGUCGCCGCAGUAUACUACUAAGAACGUGGACCAGAUGCAGAGUGAGGCUGAGACUGUUGAGACGCCGGCCACAGCGACGGUGACUGAGACUGCUGUGACGCCGGCCACAGCGACGGUGACUGAGACUGCUGUGACGCCGGCCACGGCGACUGAGACUGCAGUGGCGCCGGCUCCUGUCAUCACAGUUGCGGCCAAUGAUGCUCCGGCCACUGAUGCUCCGGCCACUAAGGCUUCGGUGACGGACGCCCUGGCCGAUUCGACGUCUGCAAUCGACAGUCCUAAGGGCAAGGACUGUAAGUCACACUUUUGA